CAGUCGGUGGCCUCCUUGUUCCUGGCUAUGCACGAUCAAUUUGAGUCCUUUGGUUAUUCUGUCGCUUAAAUUAUGGAAAACGGACAUCGGUAUUCAAUAGAAGAAUCAACGACAGUUAGCAAUACAAAUUCAGAAUCCCCUAAGAAAGGCUCAACUACUAAUGAACGUGCUGCGCAGAAUGCCGGAGGCACAACCCUGGAUACUCUUGCGGACCAUUCUGAUCAAGGUGAAACAACCCAGCAACCUAUGCCGACUACCAGUCAGCCGGGCCUCAUAGCUGUUUCAGAUUCACCCACCCACCUUGUCGUUCCGCAUUCUGCAGACAUAUCUGCCCCUACCUGUGAAGAUGGCUAUCAUCAGUGCAACACUCCCGAUCGUCUUUCCGUCAAUAUGACGAGUGCUCUAAGUGCCGACAAAUUUCGAACCACUCAGUACUCUACCGGUUCAUAUGUUAGUCAGCCCGUGCCACCCCACAACUAUCCGUCGUCCAUGAAUAUGAUUGCCGCAAUCCCAGAACAAUUCCCUCCCGGUGCACACCCGGGAUAUCCAUCUGGGGUAGUUGUCCCUCAGCACGUCUCACCGUACUUGUUACAUCCGCGAUCUGUCCCAUAUAUCUCCUCUAACUCGUCACCGAAUCAGUUGCAUACUCUGCAUACCUCGGCAGCAGCAGCUAUUCCCGCCGCAAACACACACCAUCCCUUGGUCACAACGCCAUCCUCUAUACUUCCUAGUACAGAUUUGAUCAUGCCUUCUGUUGAGAGCACUGUUCCUUCUACGCCAUUGUUUCUUAGUUCCGCUGCCAGUCCCGUGAAUUCAGGCGUUAAUCCCACCGACUUGACUAAUUCUGCAACUGGCCCACCUGGUGUACAAGGAGGAGGGGACUAUUACGUCAUGGUUCAUGUGGAUGCUGGUGCCACUUUCUCCGUUCGUGUAGGUGACCAGAUCCAACACAUACCAGGCCCGGCCACAGUCCGAAUGGUUUCCAACAGUGGUCCCCCCAUACCCAUGCCAAUGCAAGUGCCUGCAGGACAUUUGGUGCAGCAAAUCGUUGAUGAGGAAGGGAUCCUCAAACACGUCAUCUUAUCUCUGUAUCCUGGGCCAACCCCACCCCCGCCGCCACCUCCGUCUAGCGCUACGGCCUCAACUCCCACAGUCCCGCUCAACCAACCCAACGGGAUUGUUGCUCAGGGGUCGAGCGUCCUGUUGGAUCCAACACACCAUUUACACGCAGCUAUACCGCCACCAGCACCGGGGUCUCAUCCGGCCCAUCAUCACCACCAUCCGCACUUGUCUCACAGUUCAUCAUCCGUUCCACCUGGCGGAGCUCAUCUGCCUGUUGGCGGACCGAUUUCUUUGUGUGCUUACAACUAUCCUCAUCCACAGCUCACACCGCCAGUCAGUCAUUAUCACUCACAGUUUGUACACACUCCUACUCUGGGUCCAGUCCCAGCUUCGCAGCAUUUCCAUCCACAUCAGUUUAUACCCACGCCUCCGAAUCCGGUUUGUUCGACCACCGAUCUGCGGUCCGCAGUGGAUCGAGGUCCACUCCUCAACGGAACUUUACUUCCCUCAUAUCCAGCAGAUCAAUUUUCGACUGAGUCGGAUCAAGCGAACCGCGUGAGUGCAGAAUUGGAACGUGGAACCAGUGCUGACCAGGUUCCUUGUGCAAACGAGUUGACUAGUAAGACUUCGACGGGAGUAAAUGAGAAUUCGACUUCCGUGGCUGCCGAUGCCUAUUCCUCUAGUGUUGGAAGUCAAAAAGGGUUACAAAACGAUUCGGUGAGUAAUGUCUUGUCCUUUGUUCUUGUUCACCACAAUGAGGACACCACUUGCACGUACCAUGCUUGCAUUAGUCCUGAUCUUGAGGAGCGUUACGGUAGUUUGCCUAACUCAGAGUGCCGAAAGCAGAUAGGUGACCAAUCCUUGGCCUGGCAGAAGGGUAUGAAAGAGAUUACGAAACGUUUGGGUGCUACUCGGUUCUACUCGCGUUCCAGGAUGGGAACCGUUUGA